AUGACUUACAUUUACUUCAGCACGUUACUGGUCAUCGUAUCUUCCGCCUCCAAGUGGUAUGACGGACCAUCGAGACCGUACGAGUUCGGAUAUAACCUAGAAAAUAAUCAACAUCGGUUCGAAAAGAAAGACGAAAAUGGCAUCAUUAUGGGUGAAUUUGGGUUCAUAACUGCUGAUGGUGUCUAUCACAUUACGGUUUAUGCGACUGAUGAGAAUGGAAAUUUUAAAAUUGUUUCGAUGAAAAAUAUUAAAUUGGAGGGAUUAUCGCCAGCUCUUGGAAUGUCACCAAAUGCCUUCAAAUCGUCGCAAAAUGAACAAACAACGACGACACAAACUCCUGCAACGACAACUCCGAAGAAACAAACGUCUCCUCCGAAGUAUGGAUGCUCAAAUUGUGUCAUUCCAGAACGAGAAGUGACGAAAGUUACUCCAAAAUUCGAUACUACGGAGCGAUCGGUGCAGGAAAAUAUCGAUACGCGAUUUGGAUCGAAUGUUGGAACAGGGAAUGGAGUAACAGGAUCAGGAACGGGACCUGGAAAUGCGCCAACAGGGUCAGGAAACGGCCCAACAGGCUCUGGAGGGACAGGACAAGGCUCACAAAAUGCAAAUUCCGGUCCUGGCGAUGAUUUUAACUCAAUUUCUGAUGUUUCUGAUGACACAGGAACGAAUAACGGAGGCGAACAAGAGCACAGGAAUCAACAAUCCGGUGAAAGAAAUCAAUCUGGAGGACAAAAUCAAGCAGGAGGACAAUCACAAGGCGGUGAAAAUCAAUCAGGGGAUGGAAAUUCAUCACCCCAAGGUCAUUCUCAAGGUCAAAAUCAACAAUCAGGACAAGGACAGUCAUCUGGAAACACAUCCAAUGGAGGAGGUUCGUCAUCUUCUGGUCCUGGCAACGUUGGAAAUCGCUUUUCACCUGAUUCAAACGUUAAUUCAGGUUCAAAUUCUGGUCAAAAAUCGGGUCCAAGCUCUUCUAACGAAAAUAAUUCGGGAAAACCUUCAAAAUCUUCUCCAUCUGUACCUUCCGCUGCUGAAAUGAAAAAAAUGCUCGGCGAUCUUUUGUAUAAAUUCAACUACACUGCAGGUUUUCAUGGACAUAAUGAAAAAGGCGAUCGCUCGGGCAAUAAAGAAGGUUCCUACUUCAGCAUUGGUCGAGAUGGCGUCAAACGCACUAUCGAGUACAAAGCUAACGAGUUCGGCUAUCAACCAACGAUAAAACUGGAAAAAGCAACUCCCGAAGAGACUCCCGAUCCAGAGACGGAACGCGAAAAUCGACGAUACGAUUAUUCGUUUAAAUGGUUUUUUAAGGCUUUGGAAAAUUAUUAA